AGGCUGCUGUGUCCCCUGAGCACCUGUGACACAGAGCGGGCCCACGGAGUGGCAGUCCUCACCUAGCUGGGGCUUCCCACCCACGCCCACUGAGCUCUAUCCAGACCAGUGCUCCCUGUCCCUCCCCUGCCUACCAGCAGCACACCCACAGACUUGGUAAGAGCAGCUGCUCACUUAGCCAAGAUGUCCAAGGUAGCUAAGUAUCGGCGGCAGGUGAGUGAGGAUCCCGACAUCGACAGCCUGCUGUCCACCCUCUCCCCUGAGGAGAUGGAAGAGCUGGAGAAGGAGCUGGAUGUGGUGGACCCAGAUGGGAGCAUUCCCGUGGGGCUUCGGCAGAGGAAUCAAACGGACAAACAGCCCUCAGGCACUUUCAACCGGGAAGCCAUGCUCAACUUCUGUGAAAAGGAGACCAAGAAACUUAUUCAGAGGGAGAUGUCUAUGGAUGAAAGCAAGCAAGUGGGGAGAAAGACAGAUGCCAAGAAUGGAGAGGAAAAGGGCAGCGAUGCCAGCAGAAAGGCCCUAGGUCCCAGACAGGACUCAGACCUGGGCAAGGAGCCGAAGAAGGGUGUUUUAAAGAAAAGCUUCUCCAGGGAUCGAGAGGAGACUGAUGCCAGAGGGGGUGAAAAGCCCAAGGAGGAAAAGGUCAUCAGGGGCAUUGACAAGGGCCGGGUCAGGGCUGCAGUGGACAGGAAGGAGGCUGGGAAGGAUGGCAGAGAAGAAAGGGCGGCCACCAUGAAGAAAGAAGAAGAGAAGACAGGGAGUGUCAGGAACACAGGGUUGAGCAGAGACAAAGACAAGAAGAGAGAAGAGGUAAAGGAGGCCAGCAAGAAAGAGGAGGAGAAGCUAACAGCAGAGAGCAGGAACACAGUCUCCCAAAGAGAGGACAGGAGGCUGAAAAAGACAAGUGAGAACACGGACAAGAAACCAGAGGAUGAGGGCAUAGGAAGUGGGAUCAGAAACAAGAGAAAGGAGGAUGAAGUUAAGAAGGAAGAGAACCGACUUGACAAGGAGGUCAGGGAAGAGAUCGAGACCAAAGCCACAGAGAAGCAGGCCCUCAGUGGCCCCAGCAAGCCCUCAAAUGGGCAAGCCAGAGCAGAGGAGGAAACAGCUCCCAGCAUAUUUGAUGAACCUCUGGAGAGAGUGAAGAACAACGACCCAGAGAUGACUGAAGUGAACGUCAACAACUCAGACUGUAUCACCAAUGAAAUCCUGGUCCGGUUUACUGAGGCCUUGGAGUUCAACACUGUGGUCAAGGUGUUUGCCUUGGCCAAUACUCGGGCUGAUGACCAUGUGGCCUUUGCCAUUGCCAUAAUGCUCAAGGCCAAUAAGACCAUCACUAGCCUCAACCUGGACUCCAACCACAUCACUGGCAAAGGCAUCCUGGCUAUCUUCCGGGCCCUGCUCCAGAACAACACGCUGACGGAGCUGCGUUUUCACAACCAGAGGCACAUCUGUGGGGGCAAGACUGAGAUGGAGAUUGCCAAGCUCCUCAAGGAGAACACCACCCUGCUCAAGCUGGGCUACCAUUUUGAGCUGGCCGGGCCACGGAUGACCGUCACCAACCUGCUUAGCCGCAACAUGGACAAGCAGCGACAGAAACGGCUGCAAGAGCAAAAGCAGGCCCAGGAAGCCAGGGGAGAGAAGAAGGACCGGCUGGAAGUACCCAAAGUUGGGGCUCUGGCCAAGGGCUCCCCCAAAACUUCACCACAACCAUCUCCAAAGCCUGCACCCAAGAACUCACCCAAGAAAGAGGGUGCUCCAGCUGCUCCCCCUCCUCCUCCCCCUCCCCUGGCCCCGCCCCUUAUCAUGGAGAAUCUAAAGAACUCACUCUCACCAGCUACCCAGAGGAAGAUGGGAGACAAAGUGCUCCCUGCCCAGGAGAAGAACUCACGUGACCAGCUCCUAGCUGCCAUCCGUUCCAGCAACCUUAAGCAGCUGAAGAAGGCAAGUGGUGGUGGGCACAGCUGUGGGGCCAGGACAGUCCUAGGCUUGUGGAGAAGGUGGGGUACAGAGGGGACAUGUCAGAUAAGAGUACAGAGCCCCUGUCAGAUGCAGGGCCUCAGACUACCAGGCCCUGUCAGCCAUCCAGCCUCCAACAGACCACUUUGUCUUUCUUGGAGGCAAGACAGCUUUCAGGCUCUUCCUCUGGACCCCCACUUCCCACUCCUGCCUCCUCCCCUGUAGUGAAACUUGCUUCCUCUAGGAAUGGAGAAGUGGCCUCCAUUUGCAAGGCUGUCACAGGCCAUGCCUGCAGGCUUUUUUUUUUUUUCCUUCCCUUUUCUCUAUUUUUUUUUUUUUCAAACAAAAAUCAUCUUUGUUCUAUUCUGUCUACUCUCAGGAUCAGCCCAAGUCUGCAGUCCAGUCUACCGUAAAGGUCACCUUUUGGGGGAGUCUACUUUUAACUACCAGUGCCUUGGACACACAACUCUCCCUAUAUCUCUUUAUUCUCACCUACUUGCCUCCCCGGAAGUUCUACUUGAAGGACAGUGUCCAAGCUGUUUGCCUUCCUGAUUGGAUACUCUAUUUUCCUUAUCAUCAUUUGUGACUAAAGACCAAAACCUACAGGGAAACCCAGCUGCAAUCCAGAGGCUGCUGGCUGACAUCUGGUUUUACAGAAAGGAGAAAUGUCCCCUUGCUGUCAGCACAUCAUGUGCUCACCCCACAGACACACACUGGGGUGCUGGGUGCUACCCUUUUGCAGGGAAGGAAAGUAAGUUACACAGUUACACUCUAGGACACCCUGCUGGACUCCCCAAGCUAACCCAUCUCUGCUUUGCCUUACAGGUAGAAGUACCCAAGCUGCUUCAAUAGGACCAGGCAUCCAGGCACUUGGUGCCAAUGCCAUGCCUGCCUAGACUGUUGUCCCAGGGCUCCACACAGACCCCCACCACCCAACCCUGGCUGAGCUGUUGCAGCUCUCCCUGUCCACUGUGGGAGAGCUCAAGACCUGGGCCACGCUCAAGGGAGGACACCUCAUCUCUUCUCACCUUCCUUUGCUUGUCUCUGAGGCUCCCCAAAAGUUGCUUUGAAACCUGGAGCUGAAGUUUCAGACAAGAGGAGUCCUUUUAGCAUGUUACAGAGAAGAUGGCACUGCCCGGAGCCCAGGAGCAGGCAUGCUGCCAAAGGCUUAGGAUGCAGAAAAGGUGUGUCUCAGAGACCACAUAUCCACCCCAGCCUCAAUGCCACCAGGGCCAGGAUUCGGGCCUCUGAGGAGCCCUUGGGGCAAAGUUGCUGGGCCAGUGGCACUCUGUGGGUUAAUGGUAGAAGGAUGGAGGGCAUGGGGGUCCAAGGGCAGAGCAGGAGGGCUGAGGAUGCUACACACCCCUCCCUCUGAUAUGCCUGGGCAGCAGGCAUAGUUGGACAGUGCCUAAGAGAGAGUAGGUUCCAGAUCAGAGUAGGAGACAGACAGCAGCUGGGCCUGAAGGGUUGAUGCCAAAGCAGACAUUUUCUUCACACCACCCGCUGCUGUAUAAAUAGCUAUAUAUCUGUUUUUCCAUAGGAUUUUGAUAAUAUAUACAAACCUUUA